AUGGCUUCUGCGGUGACAAACGGUAUACCCAAUGGAGGUGCCUCCGCUAAACCGAUCGAAGUCGCAUUCCCCCUACCGCGAGCGCAGCAAACAAAUAUCCACCUCCAACUACGCAAUACCGGCUCCUCCGUUAUGCUCUUCCUCACCACCUCUGCCCCUGAAUCGUCGUCCUCGGCACCUCUAGGAAGCUUCGUAUAUGCGAUGCCGAACAGAAUAUCCCCAGCCGAGACACUCAGCACCCCCCUCUUCACGCACAGCGGAACGUUAGACUUCACGACGAGAUUAGCGAAGGUCCUAGCGCGGAAAUUGGCGAAGCCAGUGUAUGUGGGCAAUUCAAUAAGCUUUGCGAGUGCGGGCAUGGGCGGCACAGUCGAGGAAGAAAUGGAAGGAUUCAGGCGGGUUGUAGAGGUCACUGUGGGGCUAUUGGAUAAAGAGAGGGACAAGGAAGGUGGUACAUAA